UGCAGUUCCGCGUUUGAAGCCUAGGUCUGGAGCUAGCUCCAAAGCUAAACACAGUGAAAACUCAGCGAAGGUGAGACUUUAGUCACUGCUAUCAACUUUAAAUCACGUUAUUUUUAAUAACGGCAGCGUAUAGACUUUUCCCGCCAGACGCGGGAGGAGGAAACUACCGUUAAAGGCAGCCUCGAGGACGACAGCAAUGAGCAGCAGCUCUCCGUCCGUAGAGAUGGACGAGGUCAGGAGCAGAGCCCAGUCCCUCCUCUCCUCCUCGGGUUCAGCCCAGAAUGUGAAGACUGAGGUCCAGACCAUGGCCGGCAUCGCUCUGCCUCUGUCGGAGAAGUACCAUCACCUCACAGCGGAGGCCAUGCUGACGGAGAACACAGCCGACCGCAACAGACUGGAGGCGCUGGAGUCUUUGAGUAGACUGAUCAAGGCCUUGAGUAUCCUGGAGAAGUACGGCUGUAACCUGACCUGCCCUGCCAGGCCCAGAUACUGGAGGAGCGUCAAGCACAACAACCCCGUCUUCAGGACCACGGUGGACGCCAUCAAGGGAGGGCGGCGAGUCCUCUUUCUCUACGGUUACACCAACCAGCAGAUAGAUGGCCUCAGUUUCCCAGAUGAAGUCAGCGAACCAGAUGCUGAGAAAGUGGCUGCAGUGACGCUGGAGGUCAUGACCUUACGCACGGAGGUGGACAUGAUCAUUAAGGGCACCCAUCCUCACCUAGAAACCUUCAAAGACAUCCUCCCAUUUCUCAUGCAGCAGGACACGGUGGUGAUUGACUCUGUGGCGGUCCCACCGGGAGAGGAGCAGCAGCUUGGAGACAAACCCCAGGUGCUCUCUCCUUCGCCUAAACCCGCCCCGCACCUCGUAGCACAGCCCCUGAAAUCAUCAACAGGCCCUCUUGCAGCCAGCGAGUGUAAUUUGUGUGGCAGCGCCACGUCUCUGGUUUGCCCGUCUUGCGACAAUCAAGCCUUUUGCGACGCGUGUGAUAUCCUCUUCCACCGCCAUCCCUCCAGAGCCAAUCACAAGAGGGACAAAUUACAGAAAACCAACCAGGAGAGCUGCAGUAUCUGUGGCAUCUCUGCUGUCUACGCUCACUGCUCCACCUGUGUCCAGAGAUUGUGUGUGAACUGUGACAAGCUCUUCCACUCUCACCCCGACCGCAAAGGACACAACAGAACGAUCGUCUCACCUGCCAAAACAUCCAGUCCCUCUCUGUCGCCCUGGGAGUGCGCUCAUUGCACCACAGUGAACGAGAUGCGAGCUGUUCUCUGCUCCACCUGUGAACGGCCUCGACUCGCCACGGCUGCAUCCACCGUUCAGGAGAGUCCCAUGUCAGUUCCUACGUCACCAAACACAGAGUGGCAGUGUAAGAGCUGCACUGUUGUAAAUCAAGGCAGCAGCAUCCUGUGUGAGGUGUGUGAGCGCCCCCGUCUGGCCACUCGGCCGCCCGUCGCCCCAGUGUCGUCCAACCCAGGGUCCCUGACUGAUACUGGAGACAAGUGGACUUGUCAGUUUUGCACCUACGUGAACACCAAGCCCACGUUGGUGUGUGAGAUGUGCAACCUGCCCUGUAAAGACUCUCCUGGCGAUUCUCUGCCCGAGUCUCUUCAGCAGACUCCGUCCAUCACCAAGGAUCAACCUCAGCCCGGCGGGAAGCCGCUGCCGAAGCCCAGAAUGAACCUGGAGCUGAAGAGACAGAAGACGAUGAGGGACGACGGACUCACCCUCAUUCACCAGAUCAGAGAAGCAGAAAAGCGAGGCGUCAGCCCAGAGGAGGUGUACGCAGCCCUCUGCAUGUGCGGCGGCAGCAACAUCAACCCCUGUGAUUGGCUGACGUCCGAGCUGCCUCACCUGCUGGAUGAAAUCUGCGCCAUGGCAGCGUCCGUCCAGCUAAACUACAGAGCAGGGGAUUGUGGGAUACUACCCGUGGUGGAGAAAGACGGAGAGGAGUCGGAGGAGAGCGGCCCUAACGCCACAGGUGAAGAUGUGAAGCUGUCCAGAGCUGAAGCCAAGCUGGCGUGGUUAGCAGCGGGAGGAGACACCGACAGGGCCGUGACACAGCUGCUGAGAGACCGACAGGUCAAGAUGAGGGAGCUCCACUCUCUGGGUUUCAGGGAUGUGGUCAUGUGUGAGGAGGCCCUGCGGCAGAGCGGAGGUGAAGUCAAAGGGGCUUUGUCUUUGCUUCAGCGCCCCCUCCUGGAGCCUUUCCACCAGCGUAUCUGGACCGACCAGCCCGAGCCGCCGAUUGAUCCAAAGCACCCAGACAAACAGAGGAUGUGCAGACGUCUGCUGGCGUUGUACGACCUGCCCAGCUGGGGGCGCUGUGAGCUCGUGCUGUCGCUGCUCCAGGAGCCAGGCGUCACUUACUCCCUGGAGGACGUGGUGCAAGCUGUGAAGGAGUCACAUGACAAAGACUUCAUCAGGCGUCUCCUCAACAAUGAGUGCCCCUGCUGUCUGUCCAUCUUUCCCCGCAUCAAGAUGCAAUCUCUGACUUCCUGUCAGUGCUCAGUUUGCCACGAGUGUUUCGGGCAGCACUUCACCAUCGCUGUGAGAGACAAACACAUCCGAGACAUGGUGUGUCCCGUCUGCGGCGAGCCCGACAUCAACGACCCAGAACAACUGGACAGCUACUUCUCCACGCUGGACAUACAGCUGCGGGACUGCCUGGAGACAGAGGUGUACGAUCUGUUUCAUAAAAAACUGACGGAGCACGCUCUCAUGAAAGACCCAAAGUUCCUCUGGUGCUGUCAUUGCACCUCUGGGUUUAUCAAUGAUGGAGACCAGCUGAAGGUCACCUGCCUGUCAUGCCGGAAAAGUUUUUGCGCUCAGUGCAAGAAACCUUGGGAGCCUCAGCACCAGGAUCUGUCCUGUGAACAGUUCCAGCAGUGGAAGAGGGAGAACGAUCCCGAGUACCAGAGGCAGGGCCUGGCCGGCUACCUGAGAGACAACGGCAUCACCUGUCCUCACUGCAGGUUCCAAUACGCUCUGACGAAAGGCGGCUGCAUGCACUUCAGCUGCUCCCAGUGCAGGUACCAGUUCUGCAGCGGCUGCAACAACCCCUACCACAAGACGGGAUGUAAAACACCCCAGUGCAAAAUGACUGGUCUACACGCCCAUCAUCCUCGCGACUGUCUCUUCUAUCUAAGAGACUGGGAGCCGCCCAGACUACAGGCCCUGCUGCAGAGGAGCGGUGUCGAGUUCAACACAGACCCUUCUAAUGGAACUCAAAGUGACUCUUGUGGUGUAAUGGAGCAGAAAGAUGAAGGAGGUCAGCAGACUGAUUCACCGUGUGGUAUUCAAACACAGCCGGGACAAGCUGGGCUCUGCGAGAAGCACUACAGAGAAUACCUGGUCAGUCUGAUAAACGAUCACUCUCUGGACCCGGCUGUGCUCUACGACGCCCACGAGCUGACUCGGGCCUGUGAGCGAUACGAGGUGGACGCACAGAAAGGAGAGAACGAGGAUGACAAUGCUUACCAUGCUCGACUGCUCAAGAAACUGAUGGAGGUUCCUCUCGGAGAGAAGGUUCCCCGCAACAAAUAAAGAUUCCUGAGCAGCUCAUCAUCACCAGCCAAAACCAGCUGAAUUCUUAAUCAGUGACAACGCGUGUGACUCAAGUACAUAUCCGUUGAUGCCAAACCACAAGUGAAUAAUGAAUUGGCGUGUUGGAGUUGUGAAGCAGCUGUGUCUGAUUUGUGUCCUCCUAACUGUUUGUUUGUCUCUGCUGCCUUCAGCUGAAAAUGAUUCUUCUCUUUUCCCUGUCGAUCAUAAAUCAUGAAGAGAAAUAGGAUUUUGAAGAGGAUUGUGUCUUUAUCUCUUGUUCUCUGUCUUCAGUUCUCAGUGAUGAUUCAUAUAAACUUGGGAAAAAAAACCUUUAAAAAGGAAUGUAUUUGUAUUAUUUUCGUGUAUCUUAUAUGAAUCUGAUGAUUUAUCACUUGUACUUAAUGUAUGUUGAAAUUUCUGCAUGAAAACAAUGUAGAGAUAUCAGGAAAGAUUAUAUGGAAAA